UGCGGUGGAUGCUGCUGCGCUCCAGCUUCUUCCUCUCCAGUCGCUCUGAGCGCAACAACCUGUGCGGAGCUCCGUCCCUCCCUCCUCCACCUCAUCCCUCCAUCAUCCCUCCAUCAUCCCCAGAGGGGGAGAGGAUGAGCCGGCGGACCGACCCCUGCUCCUGCCGCUGAUUCCCUCCCGCUCUCAUGGUUCUCCUCCGGGCUGCAGGCAGAGGAUGCGGCUGCUCGUUUUCGCCACUUUACUGGGACUCUUCCUGGACGCAGGUGACGGCCUCCAGAUCCAGUGCUACCAGUGUGAGGGUGUCAACUACGACUGCUCCACGCCCGAGUUCAUCGUUAACUGCACAGUCAACGUCCAGGACAUGUGCCAGAAGGAGGUUCUGGUCAAACCUGACGGAACCCACUACAGGAAGUCGUGCGCGUCGUCGUCGGCCUGCCUCAUCACCUCCUCCGGCUACCAGCAGUUCUGCACCGGCCGGCUCAACUCGGUGUGCAUCAGCUGCUGCAGCACGCCGCUCUGCAACGGCGUCAAGAAGAAGAGACCCGUCCUGUCGGCCGCCGCCUCCAGCAGGCGGGCCCUGCUCUUCCUCACGCCGCCCAUGCUGCUCCACCUGACGUAGACGGGCCUCGGACUGAACCAGACGGGGCAGACGUAACUCUUUUUCUGGUUUGUUGCUCACGAGAGCAAAAACAAAAAAAGGAGCCUAAUGUAUCCCCUCGGUUWUUUUGUGUUAAUUAUUACGCAUAGAAAUCAUUGCAUCARCUCCUGUGAAGCACGGUGGUGACAGGGUGAUCCUGGGGGCCUGUUGGAUCCACAAUCAUGUUAGUGCUACCAGCUUUUGAAUCAGAUAUCUAAAGAAAAASCGGCUAAAAGCUUUGAUCCCUAGAAACCCAGCCGCUGUUUCUGCUUCAGGAGGUAAGAAGAAAAGCACGGCGGUGGCAGGGUGGUGAUACGGGCUUGUUAUAUAUACCUGGGGCUGUUAUUUGUCCAUCCAGGGUGGAACGAAGUUAACUUGUGAUUGUUUUAAAAUCUGAAUGCUGACGUUCUGUUCCAGGUGAGUCCCAGGGUCUGACCGGUGAACGGGUUUGGACUCUGGUUCCCAGUCCCCAGUCGCCGGCGUCGCUUUUCGUGAAGUGGAGUGUAAUCGGCAUAAACUUUGGAUCAUUUCAGGCUUUUAUUUUAUGCUYUUAUAGUUUGAAACAGCCUGUGGAGUUGRUUUUGUGUUAAUAUAGUCAUUUCUCAGAAUUACMCUUUAUUUAUAUUUACAUAUAUAUAUUUACCCACUGCCAGGUGAUAUUUUAUUCUUCUUUCAUUGCAGGAAGUAUAAAGGAACCAAAAUGCAUCUGUUUAAGUUGCUGUCUAUUAAUCUACAGUCACAUAAUCGAGCUAUUUCUUUAAAAAUAAUUAGGACAAAUYUUUUGUGGGGCAUUUAGAUGUCUAAGACAUGAAUUAUUAUUAUUAUUAUUAUUUCAACGACAGCGCAGCAUUACAACGAGUGAAAAACAAUAAAUACGCCUCACAGCUUCAAAUUGAACCUGCAUGUUCUCUGGACUCCUUAAACUUCAAAAAACGUCAAAUUCAAGAGGAACAAUUUAAAAAAAUAAGCACUUUCAAUCUUUGUCAUUAUUUSCCCAGCGCCUUACAUUUCCACCUCACUCUGCAGGGUUUGAAUGUGUUUGUGCUCGACGCGCCGUGGACAAUAAAGUGUCAGAUGUUAUUUAUUUAUUUGAGACCGAUUCGACCGUCUGUUUUUACAGUGCUCUAGUUAUGGUAGAGGAGGGACGUCCAUGGCUUCUUCUAAAGAGUCUUCUGUGAAGAGUAACGCUGUAUUCUGCUGAUAUGUGGUUUCAAUAAAUGUUGCAGAAAAAUCGGCUCUUAAA